UUCAUCUUUCAUUUUACAAAAAAGCUAAAAAAUAAUCUUGUUUGCUUAAAAACAGUUUUGUUUAUUCUUGUACAACACAUUCGUUUCAGCAGUACUAUAAAUCUCAGGAUAUAUCGACCAGCCGGGGCUACUUUGAGCAUUUCCAUAACCAUAAAUACAUUGUAGUCGGUUGCAACGAGGGAUGAAAGAUUACAAAAAGUCGGUCGCGCGAUACAGUAUAUGUAUUACAUAAAGAAUGCGAAUUGAAUUUGUAACAGGUUGUGUGUGUGUAUUGAAAAAUGAAUUUUCCAGGCUUCAAAGAUUGACAAUAUUCACGAGAUUUUUUUUCUGUUGUAAUCAUAUCCUACUAUCAAUAUUUUUUUAAAAACAUGUCUUUUAAAUUAAAGAAUCUGUCAAAAUCUCGAUUGUUUAGAGAAUAUUAUACUUACUUUUUUGUUGCAGAGAGUGUCCCUUAAUUAUAAUAUAAUAAGCGAUGUAACUUCUCGUGAAAAACGAUUAAAAAAUAUAGAAUAGAAUUUCUUAAUUUGCGACAAUUUUCACGUAACGAAUCCACAAUGAAUAUAAUCAUCGAUGAGAUAUAUAGUAGACGGCGAUACAAUAAAGAUAUGCAUCAAACGAUGAUUUUAUCGACAGCUUUUUGAAAAAUGAUUUUUGCUACGUAAUUUUACGUAGCCUCUAAAAUGGAUGUAGAUGACAGUACUGAACAAGAAGACUUGUGAACGUUUCACGAUUGCCGCUCUUUGUCUUCUCCUUAUUCAUGGCAACCAAUCAUUUGAGCGUGCAUAGUUGAUUGCGCCUCGCAGAAAUGACAUAUUAGGUUAGGAUAACGCUGUCUGUCAAGUAUUGUCAUGCCUCGAAGUUGACGUGGAAUUCACGCGCGAAUCUGAUCGCUCUCAAUAUACGGACAUACGUAGACGGAUGAGGAACGGCAGUAAGGAUACCAUGUCGUAUUUACGCGAUUGGCGACAAGCGUUGCGCGCACCACACGUCUACCGAGUGGCAAACAGCACCUUCCGCAUUCAAAGUCAAUUUUUGGCGCUGAUUCUUCUCAUCCUGAGCGUGCCAAUCUUCUUGUUGGCAUAUCCGCUGCUGCGCAGCGUCAUGUGCUCGCCGCCAAACCAGAUCCUAACCCAGUGUCGUUAUUAUAAAUAUAACAGAACGUAUCCCACCUCAAUGCCCAUCAGGACUUCCAAGGGUAUGACCUACAGGAUAGCGAUUGUGAGCGACUUAGAUCACGAUUCCAAACUCGCAGACAAGAGAGACACGUGGCAUAGUCUUAUGAAAACUGGUAGUUUGUACUGGAAUCCUACUACUAAUUUUCUAUCUGUUAUCUGGGACGAUAGAACUGUCAUAUUAUCCUCGUCACUAUCUAUGAAAGGACGUGGAAUGGAAUUAUCGGAAUUGGUGACGUUUGACGGUCGUCUAUUGUCCUUUGAUGAUCGUACAGGAAUGAUAUAUUUUAUUGAAGGUGAUCAAGUUUAUCCAUGGGUUAUCUUAAUGGAUGGCAAUGGUAAAAACAUCAAAGGGUUUAAGUCCGAAUGGGCAACUAUCAAAGAUGAACAAUUAUAUGUUGGCAGUAUGGGAAAAGAAUGGACCACACCGUCCGGUGAAUUUGAGCAUAACAAUCCAUUAUGGAUAAAAAUAGUAUCACCACGUGGCGAGACACAUUCUGUCAAUUGGAUUUCCUACUACAAACGAUUAAGGCAAGCGAUUAACAUCGAAUAUCCAGGUUAUAUGAUACAUGAAUCUGGAGCUUGGAGCGAUAUACAUAAAAACUGGUUCUUCUUGCCCAGAAGAUGUUCCCAUGAACGUUACAAUGAGUCAAGAGAUGAGACAAUGAGUUGUAAUAUCAUGCUGACUGCAGAUGAAAACUUUAUUGAUAUUAAAGUUACUCAUGUUGGAGAUCUAAUUCCAAUCAGAGGUUUUUCCAGUUUCAAGUUCCUUCCUGGUUCACAGGACUCUAUCAUAAUAGCAUUGAAGACUGAAGAAUAUCAAGGACAUACUGCUACAUACAUCAUGGCCUUCACAAUAGAAGGAACGAUAAUAAUGCCAGAGAGCAAAGUGAUGGACAAAAAAUUUGAAGGACUAGAAUUUAUAUGACAUUCCAUUUAGAAAUAAUUCUUAAUUGCUUAAUAAAAUUGUAAAUAGAUGUACAGAGAAUGUGCAACUUUAAAUUUGUACAAAAUUGCAACAAAUUUAAUCACUAAAUAAACUAAGAUCAUUUCUUUGAAUGAUCAAUAUAUUCAAAACGCUAGGGUACAAAUUUUAUUCUCAUUAACAUAGAUCAAAAAUAGCAAUUAUAUAAAAAUAUGUACUCUGGAUUAAUGAUUGUAAAUAUGCAUGUAUAUACUAAUCAAUGUACUUUUCACUACUUUUAUCUUGUUUUAUACACAAGUUUGCGAUUAUAUAUAAAAAAACACGGG